AUGGCCUCACAGCAGUUGGUCUACUUUGGCCCGCGGCCGCUCCAGCCACUCAACGGUAAGAUGCGCCACGGCUUUGAUGAAGACUACAACUCGGAGAAUUUCCUCAGUUCCCUCGCGAAUACAUUCUACAUCUACUUCGACGACAAAAGACAUAAUGCCAACGGCAAUCCUAUCUCGGACUCCAUGAAAAAACUGCCGGAGCUCGCCAAGAACUACCAGCCUAUUGUGGAUUGGAAAGUCAUGCGUGAGAGACAAAAGACUGUCAGCGCCGUGCUUGUACUCUGCCUCAACCUUGGUACCGACCCUCCAGAUAUCAUGAAAACCUAUCCCUGUGCCAAACUUGAGGCUUGGUGCGAUCUGUCAAACUUCUCUGAUAAUAAGAAGGCCAUUGAGGCCAUCGGCAAGAAUCUCCAGAGUCAGUAUGAGACGCUUUCACUCAGAACUCGCUAUAAACAGUCGUUAGACCCAUGUGUUGAGGACGUCAAGCGUUUUUGCAAUACUCUUCGGCGUAAUGCAAAGGAUGAGCGUAUUUUAUUCCAUUACAACGGCCACGGUGUACCUCAACCAACCACCAGCGGAGAAAUCUGGGUGUUCAAUCGAGGCUACACUCAAUAUAUUCCUAUCUCGCUUUACGACCUCCAGACCUGGUUGGGUGCGCCAGUGAUCUUUGUCUACGACUGUAAUAGCGCAGGAAAUAUCGUUCAUAACUUCAAAAAGUUUGUUCAGAAACGUAUAGAUGACGACAAUGAGGGAAACCACGAUUUGAGUGCUCCUUCGCCAACCUCAGCAUAUCUUGACUCCAUUCAGUUGGCCGCAUGCAAGAGCAAUGAGAUCUUACCCAUGAGUCCCAAUCUCCCUGCUGAUUUGUUUACAUGCUGCUUGACUUGUCCGAUAGACAUUUCACUCAAAUGGUUUAUCAUGCAGCUGCCUCUAAAGAAGAACUACUACCUGAUGCUUCCACGGAACUCUCAAGGCAAUGUAAUUGUUCCCGGUAAAUUGACGGAUAGAAGAACUCCGUUGGGUGAGUUGAACUGGAUUUUUACCGCCAUCACAGACACAAUUGCAUGGACCUCGUUGUCUAGACCUAUUUUCAAGAGGCUUUUCCGCCAGGAUUUGAUGGUGGCUGCCUUGUUCCGAAACUUUCUUUUGGCUAAGAGAAUCAUGCCCCACUUCAACUGUAACCCUGUCAGUGACCCUCCACUACCGGAAUCUGUACGGACGCAUCCUAUGUGGGAUUCUUGGGAUUUAGCAAUCGAUCAAGUGUUUGCGCAGUUAAUCAAGAGUGGUAACCCAGAUCCAAUGUCGGGCGGUUUGAGCUCUCCCGCACCUUCAUCGUUACCAUCAAAUGGAGCCAAUGGAAACUCGAAUGGUUCGGGUUGGUCUUAUUCGGCCAAUGGAUCCGCAAGUUCGACGGUUGCUAACGGUCCAACUCCUUCUUCUCAAACACUUGCAAAUUACCAGCAUUCUACAUUUUUCGAGCAGCAGCUCACAGCAUUCGAUCUCUGGCUCAAGUAUGAUGGUCCCUCAAGUAAGGUUCCUCCCGAACAAUUACCCAUUGUUUUGCAGGUGUUACUCUCGCAAGUGCAUAGACUCAGGGCUUUGAUUUUGCUAUCUAAGUUCUUAGACUUGGGUCCUUGGGCUGUUUACUUGUCACUCUCUAUUGGAAUUUUCCCAUAUGUGUUGAAACUAUUACAAUCGCCAGCCCAAGAAUUGAAGCCUGUUCUCAUUUUCAUAUGGGCACGUAUCAUGGCCAUCGACUACAAAAGCACUCAACAAGAAUUGUGCAAAGACAAAGGUUACAACUACUUCUACCUUAUUUUGAAUUCUAGCCCCUCGAAUCCAAUUGGUGCACCUGGUGCUCCAGGAUCCGCCAACGGCAGCGCUGGAUCUGCUACCAUCAUCGUCAACGAUGACCAUAAGGCCAUGAGUGCGUUUAUUUUGACUUUAUUUAUCAAGGACUUCAAGAAUGGCCAGAGGCUCUGCUUCUCUAUUGAACUUGUCAAUAACUGUCUCAAAUUCUUGUCAACUAGCGAAAACCCAUUGUUGAGACAAUGGUGUUGUUUGCUUUUAUCCCAGCUAUGGUUGAAGUAUCCAGAUGGCAAGUGGAUUAUUUACAAGGAUGGAUACUUGUCUAAGUUGCUCGAAUUGAUCAACGAUCCAAUUCCUGAAGUGAGAACUUCGAUUAUUGUUGCCCUCACUACGUUCUUGACAGAGUCUUCUGAUGCACCGAAUGACCUGCCUAAGAAACCAAAUCCGCAGAUGUCGUCACUUCCCCAAAAUGGCCUUUCCUCCAAUGUUAGUGCAGACUUGAGAAAAGACGAGUUGCGCCAGCAAGACUUGAGACUAGCCAACAUAAUCUUGCGUUUACUUGGAGACGGCUCAACAAUUGUCAGAAAGGAGAUUGUCUUCUUUAUUAACAGAUUCAUUAAGAUCUACAUGAAAUUUUUCUUGGUUGUGGCCUUCAACCAGUUGGAGGAAGAAAUUGUCUUGAUAGACAAUCCAGCCAAUUUACAAGAUUUUAGAAAGAAAUCUCCUGCUUAUGGUUCUAUUUUCAGUUCCAUCUGGAAGGCUUUGUUGAUUCUUUCCGAAGACCCUCACCUCGAAGUUAAGCAGUUGGCAGAAGUCCUCAUUGAUUCAGUCAUGGUGAAAUUGAACGAAAGUGAACUUGGAGGAUUGGUCAAGGAAAUGCAAGACUAUCUUUUGAGUGAAUCCACUAUCAACAUUAGUGACAACUUCAGACUGGCUAAACCUAUUGUCAACAGAGCGCCUAUGUCUAUGCAACACGAUGCAGUCAAAAGACAAGCUUCGAGUGGAUCUGUGAUCAACAGGAAGAAUACCUUAACAAUCAAUGGUUCAUCAUUGAAGACUCGUGCGAUUUCUCAAGGAAAUUUGAACAAGCAUUCAGAGGAGGAUUCUGAUGCUGCAUCCAUAACAUCUAAGUUGAAGGGCUUGGGAAUUGCUAAGUUGUUCAAAUCCUUCCAAAUCAACGAAGACAACGAAAUCAAGAACUUCACAAGAAUUCUCAACCCUGGUCCAGUGCCAAGUCAGUAUGGGGCUGAGUACAAGCCAAAGACACCUAGGUUUAUUCAGCGUGAGAUUAGCAAAGAACCGGUAUUGCCUGAGGAUUCUGGCUUUUUUGAAUACAGUUGCGAGUAUUUCCAAGAGCCCCAGAUGUCCAAGACGGAAAUUGACGAGCCUGGCUCUAGAGAAUACGUGAAAAGACUCUGGAGACAGAAUAGAAACGAGCAAACGAUUCAAGAAACACAACCUCAAAAGAAAAUGGCAAUCAGAGGAGACUGGAACAGAAACUUGACCAUUCUCAACAACAAGAGCCAACCCAAACUUAUCAAGUUUAUGCAAUUUGAGAAGUUGUUGGUAAGCACGGACGAAAAGGACAGUGUCUCUGUUUGGGACUGGGACAAUAGCGAGAUCGUAACGAAGUUCUCCAAUGGUAACCCAUUCGGAACCAAGAUUACGGAUUUGAAAUUCUUAAACGAAGACGAUUUGCCGUUGGUUUUGACUGGUUCAUCUGAUGGUGUCAUCAAGAUUUAUAAGAAUUUCCAUUGCGACGGCGAUGAAGACAAACCAGUGGAGAUGAUUGCUGCAUGGAGAGCAUUGACGGAUCUUCUAUUGACCUCUAAAUCAUCUGGGUUAAUCAGUGAAUGGCAACAAUCUCGAGGGUCAUUGCUUGUGAGUGGAGAUGUUAAGAUCAUUAGAGUGUGGGAUGCCCCACGUGAACUCUGUGUUCUUGAUAUUCCUGCUAGGUCUUCUUCCUCUAUCACGUCUUUAACUUCUGACCAGGUUGCUGGAAAUAUUUUCAUAGCUGGUUUUGACGAUGGAAGCUUGAGAGUCUACGACCGGAGACUCGAUGCACGUGAGUCAAUGGUUCAGGUGUGGCAGAAUGGCCGUGGAGGAGCUAAGAACAUAGGUAAAGGAUCUAUUAGAAAUGUUCACAUGCAGAGAGGUGGCUUCAGAGAGUUGGUGAGUGGAUCUUCUGAUGGAUACGUGAAUUUGUGGGAUAUUCGGAAGACCGAGCCUGUGCUUACGUUUAUGAGUUCAGAAAAGAACAUUCGGUGUAUCGACACUCAUGAGCACGCACCCAUCAUCACCACUGCAUCAAAGUCUGUCAAUAUCUGGACUACUGCGGGAGAUAUGGUGUCAACUUUGAGAAAUCCCCACGACAACUACCUUACUAACAGGACGUCGAACUACUUAUCCAGCAUUGCAUUCCAUCCUCACAGAAUGAUGUUAGCCACUAAUUACAAUCAGGAUGGUCAUAUCAACAUCUAUCAGUGCAGUGACAUAAUCUCUGAAUAUUGA